UUGAGCCCUACGUCAGACUCUACUCCACGACGCCCCCUGCUGGUAAACAUCCUGCCAUGUUGGUCUGCAGAGUCUUCGACUUCUACCCCAAACAGAUCAGAGUGAGCUGGCACAGAGACGGACAGGAAGUCUCCUCUGAUGUCACUUCCACUGAUGAGCUGGCAGAUGGUGAUUGGUUCUACCAGGUCCACUCUCACCUGGAGUACACACCCAGGUCUGGAGAGAAGAUCUCCUGUGUGGUGGAGCACGCCAGCCUGAAGGAACCUCUGGUUACUGACUGGGAUCCGUCCAUGCCUGAGUCAGAGAGAAACAAGAUCGCCAUCGGAGCCUCAGGACUGAUCCUGGGUCUGAUCUUAUCUCUGGCUGGAUUCAUCUACUACAGGAGGAAGGCCCGAGGUCAGAAACCAGUUUACACCAGUUUACAGUCUGAAACCA